UUAAAAUGUAUUUUAUGUUAGUUUGUUAGCUUUUGAAAUGUAAUUCUAAAUUUGAAGAUUAUGGUGAUCUUGUACAAUGUAAGUGUGGCGACACAUUUUCUGACACAUCCGAAACGGCUCUCAAUUAGCCAGCAUUCCGGCUAAGGGAGAUAGCCUACGGGGGUUUGUGAGUACGUGUCUUUUGCAGCAUCUGCGUCCAUGGGGGCUGGGUUGAGGGAGGCUUAGAAGCAAGGCUGUUUAGUUCGAAUAAAGUUAUUCGACUGCAGUUUACUGACUGCCUGAACACACCGCUGCAACGUGUUUUUAUCGCUAUUAAUAUACGUCACCACUGCCAAUACCUGACACCCGCCAGUGCGCGAUUUCUUUAAUUUUUCGAUCCAAGGUAAGCCAACUAUGGAGAAUUCUAAAAAAAGAAAAGUGACUGAAGAAAACAGAACGUUUAAUGAUACGUGGACAGAUUCAUUUGCUUUCACUGUUGACGAGACUGGUUUACCGGUAUGCUUAAUAUGCAAUGAGAAACUAGCAAACAACAAAAAGUCAAAUGUCGCAAGGCAUUUCCAGAGUAAACACGCAGCCUUUGCUCAAAAAUAUCCGGAUGGAGAUGAGAGAAAAAAAGCCGUUUCGGAACUGAUGCGGAAGGUUGAUCUGAGCAAAAAUCAUUUCCAGAAAUGGAUGAAGUCAGGAAAAUCAAUAUAUUGCCGCUCAGGAAAUAGUCAGGCACGGGAAGCAGUUUACAGAUGGUGAAUAUAUAAAAGAAUCUUUCAUUAAGAUUUCAGAACAUCUAUUCACGGACUUUAAAAACAAGAGUGAAAUUGUGCAGAAAAUCAGGGAUAUGCCCCUCUCUGCAAAGACUGUCAAAGACAGAACCAUAAAAAUGGCAGAAGACAUCACAAGACAGCAAAUUAAAGACAUCAAUUCAGCUGUGGCCUACUCGAUUGCCUGUGACGAGUCUAAAGACAAAGGCGAUAUUGAACAAAUAGCGUUGUUCUGCCGGUAUGUAAACUCUGCCGGGCCACAGGAAGAACUGAUUGAGUUGAUACCUCUAAAAGACCAAACACGGGGGGAGGACAUCUGUGAGGCUGUCUUGAAUUGUUUAAGAGCCAAAGGAAUAAAGACCACCCAUCUGGUGUCAGUAGCUACUGAUGGGGCUCCGAAUAUGACGGGAACGCACAAGGGAUUUGUGGCUUUACUGCAGAAGUCGCUGGACAGAAAGCUGUUGACUUUUCACUGCAUCUUGCACCAAGAGGCACUGUGCGCUCAAACAUUUCCUCCGGAAUGCACAGAAGUAAUGGAUGUUGUCAUUCAGAUUGUCAAUAAAAUAAUGGCAAAAAGUUUAAAUCACCGUCAAUUCCGUUUGUUACUGGACGAGAUGGAAAGCGCAUAUUCUGAUCUCCUGCUGCACAACAAAGUCCGGUGGCUGUCCAAAGGGGAGGUGCUGAAACGCUUUGUCGCGUGUCUGGAAGAAGUGAAAACUUUCCUGGGCAGCAAAGGGCUCAACUUUCCUGAGCUGGAACAGCCAGGGUGGCUGGAAAAGCUACACUUCAUGGUAGACAUGACAGCGCACCUGAACACGCUGAACACAGCUCUUCAGGGGAAAGGACGCACAGCCCUGCACAUGUUGGAGGAUGUCUUGGCAUUCGAGCGCAAGUUGACAGUGCUUGCCAGAGAUUUACAGAAAGGCACUUUGUCUCACUUCCCCAAUUUGAGAGAGUUCAAACAAGGUCACGACAUGAUAAUUUCGGAGUAUUUACAUUCUGCAAUCAUCGCAAUGCAAACAUCGUUUGGGAAACGCUUCUGUGAGUUCAGAAAGGAAAAAAACACAUUAUCCUUCCCGGUCACUCCCUUAAGCAUCGAUCCUUCCCUACUGAAUACGACUGCAUUGGCAGGUGUGAGUCAACCUGAUCUUGAGAUGGAACUGGCCGACAUAGCCGACAAAGACAUAUGGGUGUCCAAGUUUAGACGCUUGACAGCAGACCUUGAAGAUGUUGCCCGUCAGAAGGCCGUUCUUGCUCAGAAUCACAAAUGGAGUGAUAUUGAAAACCUUCCAAAUCCGGACCAACUUGUGUUUGAAACAUGGAAUGCUGUGCCCGACAUUUAUGUAAACAUGAAAAAGUAUGCGCUUGGAGUCCUGUCGAUCUUUGGAUCCACAUAUGUAUGUGAGCAGGUGUUCUCCAACAUGAACUUUAUUAAAAACAAACAUCGCGCACGCCUCACAGAUGACAGCUUGCGAUCCUGUGUAAAGAUGAAGGUGACGUCAUACAGCCCUGAUGUGCAGACGCUGUGCGCUGAGGUCCAGGAGCAGAAAUCCCAUUAACCAAGAUGACAGCUGGCUGACGUUAUUUUUGGUUUGCUGCUGGCGGAAAAUUUAAGUUCGGCGUUUUUCAUAAAUACAAGAAGGACUCAAAUAGACAUUGAGUAUUUUACUUAAAAGUAACUUUCAACCCAACGUCUUUUUUUCGGAGUUCAAAAUGUUUUUGUUGCAUGCAGAAAUGUAAUUUCGUUUUCUCUGCAGGAGUUCAUCAAUUUCAUAAAUGCAACACAUUAUAGUUUGUUUAUACAUAGCAUAAAGGCAAAAAAAACGUUGUAUGCAGUGUUAUUUCAUUUUAAAUGUCAAACGGGUUUUGCGGCUCCCAGUGUUUUCUUUUCUGUGGGAAACGGGUCCAAGUGGCUCUUUCAGUGGUAAAGGUUGCUGACCCCUGGCCUAGAGGAACAUACAGACUCCUUACAGACAGCGGAGGAACUGAACCUGGGUUGCUGGUGUUGUGAUAGUGUUACACUCACUGCUACACCACCAUGCCACACUGGGUCUGGCUCUGGGAAGGAGAUGGAAAAGUCAGGAAGGGAAGGUGGAAGAAGAAGGAGAGUGCUGGCGAUAGGGGAUUCAAAUGCCACUAAAUGCAUAAACACUGCUAAAACAACUUUAAAUCAUUUAUUUAUAAAGAUGAGCCUCAGCCUUCAAAUUUUAAAUAGACCUUCUAUUCUCCUGAAACCUUCAUUAUUAUGUUCAUUACCAUUAUGUUCAAUUGAAUUAGGCAUAAUGCAAAAUUAUGCAAUUAAUCAACAAACAUUCAAAGCAAUUUAUUGAAACUGAUGUAUAAUUGUUCACAUUUUCCACAUUUUGAGAUGAACUGUUCAAAUUUACAUUCUUUGGGCAUAAGAAACUAGCUCAAAUAAAACAUUUGAAUGCUGGCCAGUGUCCAAGAGGGCUCUUUUUAAUAAUGUAGUCUCCUUUGAGGUAAUUGCUAAAACUUGUUCUGUGGCGGUGCUAAAGUGUAGGAAAUCAUAUGUAGCUCUGCUGGCCAGUGUUGGGAAGUUGCACAGGAUCACUUCAUCUAGUAAAGUGACCUUCUUUUAUUGGUAAAGGGUGAGACCAGAUCAGAUUAUUUGAAAAUCCCAGCAAAAACGAUUCCAAUUGUUCAAUUUGCCUAGUUGAAAUGCUGCAGGACCUUAGCAGGUCAGGCAGCAUUUAUGGAAAGGAAUAAAGAGCUGGUAUUUCUGGCCAUACCCUGGUGGGUCCUUAGCCCGAAAUGUUGACUUUUUAUUCCUUUCCAUAGACGCUGCCUGACCUGCUGAGUUGCUCUUGUUCCAUGAUACCAAUAGCUCCCAGAGCAGCUUGGUAGUGUAAUGGUUAGCAUAACAUUUUACAGCACUGUCAGCAAGGAGUUUGCACAUUCUCCCUGUGGCCGUAUAGGCUUCCUCCCAGUUUCCUCCCAAUUCCAAAGAGCUAUGGGAUAGGAUUAGUAAGUUGUGGGCAUGCUAUGCUGGCACCAGAAAUGUGGUGAAACUUGCAGGCUGUCCUCAGCUCAUACUGUGCUGGAAUUUAACAUAAAAUGGUGCAUUUCAUUGUAUGUUUUGAUGUUUCAAUAUACACGUGACAAAUAAAGCUAAUCUUUAUACUGACUGUCAAUAUUCCAUUCAUCUGAUGUACUUCUUGCCGCUUU